AUGGGGUUCAAGUUGUUUGCUUACCUGACCGUGCCCAUCUUAUUGGCUUUGGUCAGUGUUGCUGGCAUCGCAUCUGUCGCCCUGUACCGAUUGUACUUCCAUCCACUGUCUCAGGUCCCGGGGCCCAAGUUGGCUGCCAUUUCACGCCUGUAUGACUUCUACUAUGAUUGCAUUCUGGGCGGGAAGUUUGUGUUCAAGAUCGAGGAAUUGCAUAAGAUCUAUGGUCCAAUCGUCCGAAUCGGUCCGAAUGAAGUCCACAUCAAUGACCCGGACUUCUUCGACGAAUUCUACAACGUGACCAGCCGUCUCGACAAAGAUCCGUGGUACUAUGCCUUUGUGGCCUCGCAGGAUGCCGGGUUCGGCACCGCCAAUGUCGACCUCCACCGCGCCCGCCGGAAAGCGAUGAGCCGGUUCUUCGCCAACUCGGCCAUUUCCAGUCUCGAGUCGUCGUCGCGGGAGAAGGUGGCCAAGCUGUGUCGACGGCUCGAGGGGAUGCGCAAGGAAGGCAAACCCGUCAAUCUGUCCAAUGCCUUUCGCUGUCUCGCCGCCGACUCGGUCACCGACUACUGCAUGCCCCGCGGCUUCAAUCUGUUGGACUCGAUCGAUUUCGCCGACGACUAUAACCGCCAGGCUCGCACGAUCUCGUAUAUUGCCGUCUGGCAUCGACACAUUCCCAUCAUCAUCCCGCUGUUCAUGCGCAUGCCGAAAUGGUUCGUCGAGAUGACUUCCACCGAGGGUGGGAAGAUGGCUUUUGACUUUCAAGCGGACCUCGCCCGUCAAGCAGCAGAAGCCGCCCACGCGGAGAAGCGAAGCGACAAAUCCGUCCUCGACGGCAUCGUCAACUCGGACGCCAUCCCCGAAAGCGACAAGACAGUGGACCGACUCACGCAGGAAGCACGCACGCUCGUCGGUGCCGGGAGCGAGACCACCGGGAUCGCCCUUGAGACCAUCACAUUCCAUGUGCUCGCGAACCCGGAAGUCCGGCGUCGACUGAAGCAAGAACUGGCCGAGACUGCGAGCAAAGCUACCAAGGGGUUGGAAAACCCUCUAGCCGACUACGCCACGAUCAGACAUCUUCCGUAUCUCACAGCCGUCAUCAACGAGGGGUUACGGCUGUCGAACAGCGUUUCUGGGAGGCUAGCUCGCGUCGACCGAAGGAAUAAAGAUACCGAAUCCAAAUCAUACGUCCUCCCCCCAGGCACGGUGAUUAGCAUGGCCAUCCGCGCCAACCACACCGCCGAAACCAUCUACCCGGACCCGCUGGCUUUCAAGCCCGAACGAUGGCUCGUGGGACCCGACGAACUGAAACGCCUCGAGAAAUACUUUGUCCCAUUUGGCCGCGGCGGCCGCAGCUGCAUCGGCAAGGAACUGGCGCUGAUGAAUCUGUAUCUGACGGUGGCGAAUGUCUUCCACGCCUUCGAUGCCGACCUGUACCACACGGCCAGGAGGGAUCUGGAGAUCGAACAUGAUUUCUUCUCGCCGUUUCCGCCGCUGGAGUCGAAGGGGUUGAGGGUUAUGUUGAAAUAG